UCGCACGGCGGUCGUGCCAACCCAGCCCGGCGGACACCUCGCGGCCGUGCCUCGCGUCGCCUGGCUCCUUGUCUCCGCGUCCGCGUCAUCGCCGUGCAGAUAGACAGGUCGGCCCGUCGGCCCGCGAGUGAUGGUCCUGGCCGAGCGCGCGGGGAAAGCCCGGCCGUCCUGCCGCCGUCGCGUCGCGCGCUCCUCCAACGAGGCCCCGAACCUGUCAGCGGUGAAACCCUGAAACCUGCUGGAGGCAGUGCAGUGCCCCCGCCACGACGCGCCACGCGCCACCGAGGUUGGUGGCAGUGUCGCUACCGAGACCGAGGCUACGCGGCUACGCCAGGCGGGCCGCCAUGUUGACCUGAGGUGUCAUGGCGGCGUCCGCACGAUGCCUCCGCUACCUGGCCCUGGUCGCUGACGUCCUGUUCAUGGUGGUGGGGCUGACGGCGGCGGUGUUGCUGCUGGUGCUGCUGCUGCCCCUCGUGUCCCUGCUCACCAUCCCCAAGUGGCUGCUGCUGCCGCUGCUGCUGCCGCUAGCGCCCGCCCUGGUGGCCAUCCCCCUCGGCUUCGUGGCCUUCAGCGUGACGCGCAGCGAGCGCCGCUGGAGGCUCAUCGGGGUCACGGUGCUGCAGGCCCUCGCCGCGGUGUGCAUGGCGGUGCUGGCGGGCUGGCAGGUGUUCCUGUGGUUCAGCCCCCGCGUCGAGGCCGACUUCGCCGUGCUCAUGAACGAGUCCCUGCUCGACCCCAAGUGGCACACCGCGUUCGCUGAGCUCCGCUGCUGCGGCCCGGCCGGCCCCGCGUCCUUCCACGGCUCCUCGGGGAUCCCGUCGGCCUGCUGCCUCCGCGACGAGCCCGCCCCCGGGUCCGGCGCCGCCCCGGGCCCGGGCCACUGCUCCCAGCUGUACUCGCAGGGCUGCGUGCGCCCCGCCACGUCCCGCAUCCGCGCCGUGCUCCGGGACAGCGCGGCCGUGCACGGCGGCGCGGCGCUCCUCAUGUUUUUGUGUGCGGUGUCGUCAGCCUUCUUCGCCGAAGCUCUCAAGCGAGCAAGCGAAAAGAGGCGCGAACAGCAAUCGGCACAGGAGGAGAAGCCGCUCCGUUCUCCAAUGCUGAACCAAAAGUUCUGAACAGUAAUGCUGGAGAGCUUACUUAAUAUUUCUGUGAUAAAUUUGUGAAAUGGAUUCAUCUGAGUAGUGCCAGCUUAUGUUUUUGGCAGAUUUUGCGUUGACUCCGACAAGCUGUGCAUACUACUGUAGGUUUUUUGUGUUUUUUUAAUCAUUUAAAUAAAUGUUGAAGUUUACACAAAAGAA